GUUAACAGAGCCUUCUGGAUAUUUAACAGAUGGACCAAUAAAUUAUAAAUAUAAAACUAAAUGUACAUGGUUAAUUGAAGGAUACCCAAAUGCAAUACUAAGAUUAAGAUUUAAUCACUUUGCCACAGAAUGUAGUUGGGACCAUAUGUAUGUAUAUGAUGGAGAUUCAAUAUAUGCACCUUUAAUAGCUGUGUUUAGUGGUUUAAUAGUUCCUGAAGUGCGUGGAAAUGAAACUGUUCCUGAGGUAGUUACUACAUCUGGCUAUGCAUUGCUACACUUCUUUAGCGAUGCUGCUUAUAACCUAACUGGAUUUAAUAUUUUUUACUCAAUUAAUUCUUGUCCUAAUAACUGCUCAGAACAUGGGAAGUGUACAACGAGUGUGUCCGUACCAAGCCGGGUGUACUGUGAGUGUGACAAGUAUUGGAAAGGAGAAGCUUGUGAUAUUCCAUAUUGUAAAGCCAACUGUGGCAGCCCAGAUCACGGGUACUGUGAUUUGACAGGCGAGAAGCUGUGCGUUUGCAAUGACAGCUGGCAAGGUCCAGAUUGUUCUUUGAACGUCCCUUCCACGGAGUCUUACUGGAUUCUACCAAACGUGAAGCCGUUCAGCCCUUCUGUGGGACGGGCUUCCCAUAAGGCAGUCCUACACGGGAAAUUUAUGUGGGUGAUUGGUGGAUACACUUUUAACUACAGUUCAUUCCAAAUGGUGUUGAACUACAAUUUGGAAAGCAGUAUAUGGAAUGUGGUACCUGUAUCCAAAGGGCCGCUCCAGAGAUAUGGACACACUCUUGCUUUAUAUCAGGAAGACAUCUACAUGUAUGGAGGCAAAAUUGAAACGAAUAAUGGCAACGUUACUGAUGAGCUGUGGAUUUUCAACAUACCCAGUCAAACGUGGAGUACCAGAACUCCUGCGGUGCUUGUCCAUGGCCAACAAUACGCUGUGGAAGGGCACUCAGCACACAUAGUAGAGCUGGACAGCAGAGAUGUGGUUAUGAUUAUAAUUUUUGGAUAUUCUGCCAUAUAUGGUUACACAAGCAUUGUGCAAGAAUACUACAUCAGUAAGUCACUUUCAAGUAAUUUUUGUUGUGCACAGAUGUCUUGUUAA